AUGAGACAGUUAUUGAAGAAAUUAGAUAAAAAAUUUGUGCCUUAUCCUUUUAUGUGCAAAUCAUGCCAUUUCUACAAUUCAGGAGGAAAAGAAAAAAAAUGUGAAUUGUUGGAUGAACAAAAAAAAGCAACCAAAAUUUACCAAAUUGUACAUAAGCAAGACGUAAUAAAUUUUUUACAAAAUUGGAUGACUAACAAAAAGGAAUUCAUUCCACAAGAAAUAAUGCAAAUACUUCAAUUUUGUAGCAAAAAUAAAUAUCGAAAUGACAAGGUUACACAUUUUAUAUGCUCUCGUAUUAAGCAUAAUAUUGAAAAAUUUUCUUUGAUUAGAUUAUGUGUGUGUGUGAAUUAUUUGAUAAAUUUGAAUAUAAAAAGAGAUAAAACUUUUAUUUAUGUUGUUGAAAAUUCUCUCAUAAAAAAAUUAAAAAAUAAUGAACAUUUGGACCUGCAUGGAAUAUGCUUAAUUGCCAAGUUUAUUCUUAGAGAAAGGAUAACAAAUAUUACCUUAAUAUUUCUCUUAUCCAUUCUUAUAAGUAAAAAAAUAAAUACAACUUGCAAUUCGUAUGACCUUUACAAUUUGGUAGUUUCUCUUAUGACUAUUCAGAAUGAAGGUCUUCUAAGCGGCUAUCUCGUUUCUGCACCAGACACUGAGAGAGAGACAUCCCACUCAAAUGAAGAAAAAAGAACAAAAUUUGACAAAACUUCCUACGCAACGGAUUUGCCCUCUUUUUAUAACACAAAUGAAGAACAGAAGGAAGUAAACAUAUUAAACGAAGAAAAUGUGCACGCACUUCUACGGAUUUAUAUUAAUUCAGAACAGAUAAGAAACGGUGAAAUUGUUUUAAUUAUUAAUACCUUAACUAAUAUGAACAGAAAUGCCUUUUUCCAUAAAAUGAACUUAACAAAGAAUCAGAGGGUUCAAUUGUAUGAAACGCUUCUGAGCAGAAUUAAUUACGAAGGAAAAUUCGACGGAAAAAUAAUAGCCCUGCUCUUAUUUAAUUUACAAAAAAUGCUUAAAUUAAAUGAAAUAUCAGAACGGAUUCUCUACGCAACCCUUACAAACAUGAAUCGUCCCUUUAAAGAAGUUAUCAUAGGAACGAUCCUCCAUGCGAAGCACUCAUCAAAUUUGAAGCAACCCACAAAUUCGAAGCAGCCAUCAAAAUUGAACCAUAUGUGUGGAGAAAGAGACGCUAUCCAAAAAUGGAUGAGAGGAAGUUACUCUAAGGAACAUGAACAGGCAGAGGUAGCAGCUGAACAAAUCAAAGCAACAGACGAAGCAGUUAUGAACGAUCAAAAAGAACACACAAGUGAUAUCCCACUAGGAGAAUUUAAUCCAGAUUUGCACACAAAAACGAGAACUUACUUUAACCUUCAAGAGAUUGGCAUGGUGCUACAAUUUUAUGGUUGCCUCGCAGAUCUCUUCAAGGGAACCUCCCCAACUGGAAGUGAUGCGCAUAUGGUAAAAAGAGAAAAAAUUGGAAAAGAAGAAUAUCAAAUUUGCCAUUCCAACAAAGUAAACAGGAGAGAAGAGAAGCAGAAAGAUGUAGAGGAUGGCAUACUACCCAGAUGUGACAACCUUUGUGUGUUGUCUGAAUCAUAUAUAAAUGCACUGAAGGAGAGUUUGUUUUUUUAUACUCAAAGGAAUGAUAAUAAUGGGGUUAAAAUGAACAUACUGGAUUUUUGUACACUCCUAAAGGGUUUUUCAAAAACAUAUAAAAAUACAGUAUUAGAUCGUGAUAUUUGUUCCCUCUUUGAAAAUUUUUUAAUGUAUAAUGAGAAAAGAAUAAAUAUAAAAGAAUUAAAAAUGAUAAUUAAAUUAAUUUUUGAAAACAAAAAUUCAGAUAUUUUCCCCACCCUAUGUAAUACAAAAAAAUGCCUUUUUUUUAAUCACUUGCACAAUAUUCUUUUACGAAAUGUUUUAAAUGAAUCAUCAAAUUUGAUUAAAAAGGAAAAGAUAGAACUAUAUACCAUGUGCUUUUAUUACUUGUCUUUUUUACAUUUUAAUCACAAUUCUUAUUUCAUAACAAAUAAUUUUAUUAUGAAAAAUAUAAAACGUAGUAUGAUCAUUCAGUUAAUUCCAUACAUUAUUAUAAGCAAAUUUAAUUACCAUAAAUUAGAGAUGAAAAUGAGUAAAAUGGAUUCAACGGAUAAAUCAGACAAAUGGAACAAGCACUCAUCAGAAGAUACCAUGUGUUCACUUCAGAAAAAUAUAAAUGUAAGAUAUUAUGAGAGAAAAGAAUCGAAAAAUGGUAGUCUGGCAGUGAGAGAACUUGAAGAAAAAGGACACCACAACCAUAUCGAAUGUAGAGAUAAAAAUUACAGAAUUCACAACUUUGAUAGAAUACAUAUACUGUACAAGUUGAUGAAUCAACACUUUGAUAAGUAUAAAACGUUUUAUGUGCUCAAUUGUUUAUAUAUGCUUACAAAAUAUUUAAAAAAUAACAAGACAAUUUGUUUUCCAUUAUUUUCAAAUUUUCAUUUUCCUGAUCUGUUUCACAAAUUGAAUGAGAGAUUUUCAUUUCACGACAGCAAUAUGAACCAUCAAAAAGGACACAAAGUUACGACAAAUUAUGAUUACUUUAUUAAUUAUGUAAAAUAUAAUUAUUGCUUAUCAUUUCUAUGUCAUUAUAUAAAUUUAACCAAAUUUCUAACAAAUGUUCAAUUUGGUAGAAAAUUCCCAUACUACCUUUAUACGCCAUUUAAUGCAUAUCUCACCAUUCAAUUUUUAACAAAUUAUGAACAAUUUAUACUAAAUGGAAAUUUUAUUUCAUUCCAUGGAAAUCCAUUAACACAGGGUACAAGUGAGAUAAAUACACUCUUGAGAAAAAUUAAAAUGGAAAAAGUAGUUCUUAUAAAAAAUAUGACAACAUAUGUGAAAAAAGAACGCUACAAUUUGUUGACUCCUCAUGACAUUAUACAUAUGAUCAAGACAUUCAAAUUUGUAUCUCAUUUAUUAAAUCAUGGUGAUGAUAACUAUAGCAGUGAUAGCCUUAUCACCUUUUACACAUGCAUGUCAAAUUUAGCUAGUACUAGAAAUGUGAAAACAACCACAAGUUUUGAAUUAUUAACAGAAUUUAUAAAAUUUUUGUACCACUUUGAAUUUCAAAACCGAAAAAUGUUUGAAAAAUAUCAUGAUUUAAUUGUGAACACUUUAAUAUGUGCAUUCAAAAUUGUUUUUAAAAAUUUACCUUACCGUACAGAAAAUAACUAUCUUGGCAUGCUGCAGUUUUCCCUUUUGUACAUGUCUCAUUUUGUAAGAAAUUCAAAUUUGGUUCUUAGUUCGCUAUCCCUGUACGAUUUGAAAAAAAUGAAUCAUUUCAUAUGUCUAUCGCUAAUGAAUUUGGAAAAAUACCAGCAGUCGUGCACAUUUCAGUUACAAAUUUUAAAAGUUCUUAGGGACAUGAUAAAACGUGAAAAAAGGAUAAUAAAUGAAUACCGCGUCGAAAACACACCUUAUACGGUUGAUAUUCUUAUAAAAUAA